GCUCUAUAUAACCUCCCACCAUCUUCUCCAUCAUAUAAAACACACAAGUUUACUCUUUUCUGUUCAUAUACGUACAUCAAGCCAAGGAGAAAAAAGGAAGGCGAGAUGGUGUCCAUAAGGGUUAUUUGCUAUCUUUUAGUAUUUUCCGUUUUGCAGGUGCAUGCUAAAGUCUCCAAUGCAAACUUUAAUAGCCAAGGUAUAUAUCUACUACAUAACCGUGUAGAUAAAUUAAUUACUAUGUAUAAAACGUACGUAUGUAUGUAAAUAAGUUUUAUCACGCUUAUCAAAAUUUCUAUAUAGCUCCACAAAUGAAAAAUAGUGAAGGUCUUGGAGCAAGCAAUGGUACCCAAAUUGCCAAGAAGCAUGCUGAAGAUGUAAUUGAAAACCGAAAGACGUUGAAGCAUGUAAAUGUGAAGGUGGAGGCAAAUGAGAAGAAUGGUUUAGAAAUAGAGAGUAAAGAAAUGGUGAAGAAAAGAAAAAACAAGAAGAGACUCACCAAGACGGAGAGUUUAACUGCCGAUUAUAGCAACCCUGGUCAUCAUCCUCCUAGGCAUAACUAAAACAUAUAUAUAUAU